AUGCGCCGAGAAUCGCACAGCUUCCGAGUCAGAUCAUGGUCGCCCAAAGGAUUCCCGGCCCCUCGCACACUGGCUGGCUUUUCACUGGCCAACUCACACCAGUCUCUCUGCAUCGCGAUCCAAGAAGCACCAAAAGAGUGGGAAUUCUCAGUGUCGACAGCGGUCUGGAAUCUCGAGGAUCGCGAUGACGGCCCACGACCGGCGCAGCGCUAA